CUGGUGCCUCCUCCUCUUGUCACACCCCACCCUUCCUGGGGGCCCUGGUCGGUGUUUGCUCGGUUUGAAGCACCACCGUUUCUUUUUCCAGUCCUGAUAGCGAUCCUCUUUGCUUUUUCCUCCUUUGCAUCGUUCGGACUGAUCGAUUCAGUGCCAAAGCGGCCAUGUCUCCCACAACAGACGGGGACAGCACAGAGGACGUCAAUGACUUCCUCCUGCGCAUCCGUCAGCUCGGAGAGAAGCGCGACAAAGAAGACGAGGAACGCACGAAGAAACUAGAGGAGGAGAUUUUACAAGGCCGGAAAGAAAGGCAGGCUCGAAGAGCGGAGCGGGCACGGUCGAUUUCCCCCACGAAAGAUUCUCCCAUACUAGAUCCCACUCGCUUCAGCAUGUCGUCGCUCAGCCAGCGGGCGAUUGACCCCCCCGAACACCUCGAGCCCACUCUUCACACCCCAUCACACGACGCUGGCAGCCGGACUGAGUCCAUUCGGGAUGAUGCCUCAAUAACCACAGAUGGCAGUCGGAGAGGAUCCGCGUUGACGGCUGACGGAGAGGCGGCUUCCAAACCUCUGUCACCCUUACGGAGCAGAACCGGAACGCUGUCGUGGCAGCAAAGGCCUACAUCUCGAGAUAGUAACCGGGCGUUCUUCUCCUCUUCGUCUCCGACCCGUGAGGGCCGCUUCCGAGGCAUGUCUACGACCUCCAGUGACGACCACGGCGCGUUCCGCAGUCGGAGUCCGUUCACCUCCUCCCCCUCGUUCAAAGACGUGCCGUGGUCGCGCCCGACAGAGGGAAGCGCCAGUUCUCCAACUCGCACAAAGAACGCUGAAGAAUACCUACACCAUACGCUGGCCCCCGACACGGACACCAAAGAAGAGGAGACGGAUCAUGAUCACACUACAGAACCGGUGAAGGAGACAGAGCACCAAGAGGUGGAAGAGCGAUCGCGAUCCCCGUCAAGGGCAAGCUCGACGGUCGCAGAGAGCAGCUUGGGACACCGCUAUUCGAGCAUUUCCUCUGUGUCCACGGCCACCGGGCUGGGCUCUCCCCUACCGUUGUCGGGCAUACAGAAACUGGAGCCCACCAAGGCUGAGGAGAGUGCUGACGACCAGACAUCGUCUCCGUCCUCCCCUAGGCGACUGUCUCCAGAGCGUUCCACCUCUCCUACCAAAGGGCUCGGGGGAUUUGUUCAAAGCGCUAUGAUGAAGCGAUCGGACAGUGUAUCCAAGAGGUGGAGCGCUCAAAUUCCUUCGGGACGUAGUCGAGGCGAUUCUUUUGCUAGCAAUCGCAACAGCUUUGCUGCGCCCUCUGGUUUUGACAUCUUCUCCACGGCGCCUUCCCACCGACCAGGCUCCAGCCACCGUCCUGAUUUCAGCAAUCGACCUAGCUCUAGUCAUAGUGAAGCGACUGUCGUGCACCCUACUAAAGACUUCGAACGGCCAGAUACCCCUCCCGUUCCUAACAUCAACGACGCACGAUUGGACGAGGGAGUUGCCAGACCGUCUCUGAGUCUCCAUACGAGGUCUGCCAGCUCGGUUGAAAAGGGCCCGGAGUCCGGUUCCCUUCCCCCGACCAGCCCGGCGGUUUCGAGGACCAUGGAUCCGAAGAGAUGGAGCCCGACCAAAGCCACCUGGUUGGAAAGUGCGCUAAACCGCCCUGAUUCACCCAGACAUAAACGGCAGCAGUCCCAACAAACGAGCUGGGCCAAGGAUCGGCAAUCCAGGGCCAGCGUUGACCUAGGCCGGACCUCGAGCUUCAAAGAAGUUACACCCGUAGGUCUGAUGCGGACUGCAAUCCCUAGCGCUCACUCGAAAACAUCAAGUGUUUCUGGCAUUCCGGAUAUAUUCGCCAACCAAGAAGCUUCGAAGGUCAAGGAAGAAGAGCCCGAACCUUCUUCCCAAAUGUCGGAUCUCAAGGCCGAUUCCACGGAGAGUGACCCCCCGCCUGUCGAGAAGUCCCCCGAGCCAACUCCUUUGGAAGAGGCGUCUCCUAUCAAAUCAGAGGCUUCUCCCACCAAAUCAGAGGCGACUCCUACGAAAUCGGAAGCGGAGUCGGAGAAUGUAGACGAUGACUCUGCGAAGCACAAGCGGACACCGUCGACCUUGAAUUCCAUCACCAAGACGACUCUCGAAGCCCCCUUGCCAUCCCCUCGCGAUCCGCUCUUGAACAGGCCCAAACCUCAGUCCCCGGUGAUAGAUUUCCGAGCCAAUCUUCGACGACGAGAGAUUGUCAAGGACGACGCGCCCAAGGCCGAGCCGGAGUUCAAGAAUAUCUUUAACAGGCUCAAGAAGGCCGAGUCCUCGACAUAUGUUGCACCAGACAAGCUGAGAGAGAACAUUCUGAUGGGCAAGGCAGCACUCAAUGCGACAAACGGUCCACUGAAGUCGACGAAGGUGGAUGAACUGAAAGAUAGCCUCUUGAAGCAGAAAGAUGCGAUCAAGGCUAGCGGAGGAUCGCUGAGGCGCAACACUCUCGGGGAAAAUGAUGCCCCCGUGAAGGCUAUUCCAGAGGCGAUCGCAAUGCGGAAUAGCUUGGCCAGGCCUAGCAGUAUCAAGAGCAACCGUUCGGUCGCUGAUCCAUCGUCGCCACUUUCGCCUAGGGAACCGGAUACGCCGAGAAGUGCACAGGAUAUGCCACUGCCAUCCCCGCUAUCCGCUGGUCAGCACAUCGAGGAGCCCGAGGCAGCGGAGCCGUCCAAGCCUGAUGUUAGUGAGCUCCAGACCGCGGUCCCAGAACCUGAUUUGUUGAGCGACGAGAAAGAAAACGAGAACGAGACUGACUCGAAUCCAUUGGAAAAGGCGGACAAUGAAGAACAGCCGAGCGAGGAGGCCAUCAAACCGGUGCGUUCUUUGACAUCGGGGGAUUCCAUAGAGACUGCAGGCGUGCCUGCUGUAACUGAGAGUCCUGCUGCUAAAGGUACACUCGCAGGCCGAAUAAACCCUGCCUUAGCCGGCCUUUUCUCUCGUCCGCGUGCUCCAAUGGACGAGUCAUCCAACGGCUCUUCCAUCAACGGCGCUGGUGGAAGUCGCUCCGAGUCAUCGGAAUCUCAGCCUGCCGCACCGCUCACGCAUAUGACGAAAGACCGAGCAAGAGGUCCCAAGAGACGUCUCCCUAAGGGUACCACAUCGGAAGGUACGACGCCAGAGGAGCAUGACACAGCUCUGAAGCCCUUAGCUACUCCGCCGAAGGUGCAGGAACCAGAAGCAAGCUCUGUGCCCGACCAAAAAUCUGUGGGUGUCUCCAGCGGCUGGCCUCUUCCCGACACCGAGAUUAGUCCCAUUGCGGAGUCACCAACAGUCCCGGGCAAGCCUGACUCACCAGCGAUCGGUAGGCCCGUGGAGUUCAAAAGAAGCAUUCCUCGAUUGGGUGAGAGGGAGCCUGUGCAGAAGCCCCGGGCAGCGGUGGAUCAGUUCUCUCCUCAGAAUGGCGGGAAUGCAAACGAAUAUUUGAGAAACCUGCGCAGCUCGCUUACGUCCAAACCUCCUCUGCCACCCAAAUCUGCUCCAUUGCCACCGAUCCCUACGCAUAACCAGUCACGGAGCUCGCCAAUUCAUUUUUCGUCGCCCUCGCCCUCGCCCUCGCCUUUGAGGUCCAGCUACAGGGAGAACCAGAACACGCCUCCAGGUCCAGGGCAGAGAGCCUCUUCAUUCUUCGCUAGUCUGGGAGCUAGGAGAAACUCAUCGCCUCGUGACAAGGCCUUGCCUUCUCCCCCGGUCCCGCCCAAGGGGUCCAGGGCCUCGGUGAGAUCAUCGGUAUCGCUUGUGCCCCAGGCCGACGAGUCAUGGGACGCCAUCUCCGGUUUCUUCAAGACCUUCCCAAAUUCGAGUGAUCGUGUGGACAUUGACACCCAGUUGAUGUUGGAGGACAGGAGCGAUAAAACGAAAAUUCGGACUGUGAAGAAACAGAUCUGGGAGAUUACCGGCGACGGAAAGAAGCAGGAUCUUCCAGUAAACCAGGAAUACAUCAUGUAUGAGGGGAGCAUGUACUUGUGCACGCACACAUUCGAAGCCGAUGGCAGUACACGCUCCGAGGUGCACCUCUGGUGCGGCGACGAUGUUCCCGAUGCAGCCGUCGACGAUGCUCUGUCCUUCUCCCGCAAAAUCGCAAAGGAAAGCGGCUGCAAACUCGAGAUCAUCAAGCAAGGCAAGGAGCCUGCUCGCUUCAUCCAGGCAUUGGGUGGAAUCCUCAUCACUCGCCGCGGGUCCAGCUCCCGGUCCAGCUCCUCCGCCAUCUUCAUGCUCUGCGGGCGCAAACACCUGGGCCAGAUGGUGUUCGACGAAGUCAACUUCUCCCCGAGCAGCCUGUGCUCCGGCUACCCCUUCGUGAUCUCCGCGAUGUUCGGAAAGCUUUUCCUCUGGAAAGGAAAGGGCAGCUCGGCCGAAGAAAUCGGGGCCGCUCGCCUGAUCGGGAUGGAUCUGGGCCUGACGGGCGAGUUCGAAGAAGUGGCCGAGAACGAGGAACCGGAGAGCUUUUUUGAGGUCUUCCCUCGGUACGAACGAGAGCCGGGCGACAACAGCAUGGAGUCCUGGCGACUGAAGUCCAACAAUGGGCGCUAUCGCUCGCGCCUGUUCCGCGUCGACCACGAGCUCGGCCAGCGAUCCGGAUUCUGGCUGCGUUCGCCAUCGCCGGUCGUCCGUCCCAACGACACUGUCCAGGCCAUUGAGCCCUUCUGCCAGAACGACAUCACCCCCAAGGGAGUCUACGUUCUUGAUACCUUCUUCGAGAUCUACGUGAUCGUCGGCGAGCAAGCCUCCAACCGCCCAGCCGAAUUCGCCUCCGCGGUCUACCUCGCCCACGAAUACGGCAUCCUCGCUGCCUCCCUCCAGGACCGGCCCUUCAUCCCCAAGAGUUUCUUCUCCCUGGGUGGAAUCCCGGAGGCCUGCAGCAGUGCGUUCCGGAAAUGGGUCCCUGGAUCCCGUCUCCCGCAGGUGUUCCCUCUCAAUGCGGCCAUUGAAGCGAUUCGGUCCACGUAGAGUGAUUUCGGUUUAUUUUUUUAUUUUUCUCUUUCAAGAUUUUGUUUAUUUCUUUCUAGCUGUCCAUAGCGUUUUCGCGAUCCGAUUGUGCAUAGACUUGUUGGGCCGGGCUGUACAGAAAGGGUGCGUGCUUGCUGACUUCAAGUUCUGGGAGAUCAUCCACGAUAGCCUGACGGGCGAGGGUGAAGGUGAGGCUGGGAAUCCCUUGAUGCAUUGCGUGUGUGUGUGUGUGUGUCUGUAUGUAUGUACAUGGGAGUUGGGUGGACAUAUGCUUGUUCGUUUCGUUUCGUUUCGUUGUUUUUCUCUUGUUCUAUCUCGAUGGGGAUCUUUGCUUUCGUGUUCUGUGUAUGAUAUUUUUUU